AUGCUAGUGAGGUGCUUUCUUUAUGUAGUACACGGGAUCGCGGAAAAACUUGUUGCGUUGCAGGAGACAACGACGGGACGGAGCAGAGAGGAGAGCCGUUCGCCUCCGGCAACCUCCCCCAGCCAGACAAGCGCGCCACUUCUUGAGAGCUCUCUCGAUGGAGGGGAGAGAUGCAGCCGUGCGCGUCUCCCCGUCCCUCCCAGUCCCAUGGCUCACACUGGUCCAGCGGGAACCCUCGCGAUGCUCCUCCUCGCCCCCUCCGCCGCCGGCCAGACGUGGGCGCCCCGCCCAGCCGCCCCGCCGCUCCGGCGCCGCCUCCUCGCGGCGCGGCGCGGUCGCGUGUGCGUGCCCCGGUGCACCGGCGCCGCCCCUCCCCCGCGCCCCGGCGCUACGACACACAGCCCAGCUCGCAGCAAGUGCUCGCCGUUGCUUGAGAGUGCUCUCUUGUCGCCUGCUGGAAACGAACCGGCUGCGGAUGAAUGGAAGGCGGUUCCUGAUAUUUGGAGGACAGCAGCAGAAAAGUACCCUGACAGUGUAGCUCUGGUGGACCCUUACCAUGAUCCUCCGUCCGAGCUGACUUAUAAGCAGCUUGAACAACAAAUAUUGGAUUUCUCUCAUGGUCUGAGGGCCGUGGGUGUUGCUCCAGAUGAAAAGGUAGCCCUUUUUGCUGACAACUCAUGUCGGUGGCUAGUUGCAGAUCAAGGGAUCAUGGCUACUGGUGCUAUCAAUGUUGUUAGAGGAACAAAAUCUUCCGAUGAAGAACUGUUCCAAAUAUACAGCCACUCAGAAAGUAUUGCACUUGUUGUGGACAGUCCUCAAUUCUUUAACCGGCUUGCAGAAACUUUCAUUUCAAGGAUUAAUGCAAGAUUUAUUGUGCUACUUUGGGGUGAUAAAUCAUCCCUAAAUAGUAAAGCUGUGAUGGACAUACCUGUUUAUGACUACAAUGAUAUCACUGAACUUGGACGAGAAAAUCGCAAUGCAUUGUGCUACUCAAGUGAGCAAGGUCGGCAAGGUGUCUUCGAAGCUAUUACUCCAGAAGAUGUUGCGACUCUAAUAUAUACCAGUGGAACAAGCGGCGCACCAAAAGGCGUGAUGCUUACCCACCGAAAUCUCUUGCAUCAGAUAAAUAACAUGUGGGAGAUUGUUCCAGCAGUACCUGGUGAUAGGUUCCUAAGCAUGCUUCCACCCUGGCAUGCAUAUGAGCGUUCUGCCGAGUAUUUCAUCCUCACUCAUGGAACUCAACAAAUUUACAGUAGUGUGAAAUACCUGAAGGCAGAUUUGCAGAAGUACCAACCUCAUUAUGUUUUCUCUGUACCACUGGUCUAUGAAACUCUGUACAGUUCAAUUCAGAGGCAGAUAUCUUCCAGUUCUCCUGCUCGAAAAACUGUUGCCCUUGCACUUAUCAAGAUAAGUUUGCUAUAUAUGGAGGCAAAGAAGAUAUUUGAGGGAACAGUCUUAUCAAAGAAUCCUGUCAAGCCAUCGUCCAUUUCCUACAUGUUCAAUUGUCUAUGGGCAAGAAUUGUUGCUGCUCUUUUGUGGCCCUUGCAUAAUCUGGCAAAGAUGUUAGUCUACAAGAAAAUCCAUUCUACAAUCGGAAUUUCGAAGGCUGCUAUAAGUGGUGGUGGAAGCCUCCCGAUGCAUGUGGACAAGUUUUUUGAGGCCAUUGGUAUCAAAGUGCAAAAUGGCUAUGGUCUAACAGAGACUUCCCCUGCUGUAGCUGCUAGGCGUCCAUUCUGUAAUGUUCUUGGCACAGUUGGCCACCCAAUAAAGCAUACAGAAAUCAAGAUUGUGGACAUAGAGACCGGUGAGGUGCUCCCAGAUGGUUCAAAGGGGAUUGUGAAGAUUAAAGGACCACCAGUAAUGAAGGGAUAUUAUAAGAAUCCAUCUGCUACAAAUAAUGCUUUGGAUCAAGAAGGUUGGUUCAACACUGGAGAUAUAGGCUGGAUUGCACCUCACCAUGCCACAGGGCCUAGUCGAAAAUGUGGAGGGAUACUUGUUCUUGAAGGGCGUGCAAAGGAUACGAUAGUUCUCGCUACAGGUGAGAAUGUUGAACCUGCUGAGCUUGAGGAAAUAGCAAGCAGGAGUAGCUUGAUUGAUCAAAUAAUGGUUAUUGGCCAGGAUCGACGACGCCUUGGUGCAAUUGUUGUUCCCAAUAAUAAUGAAGCUCUAGCAGCUGCAAAAAGAAAGUCCAGCCUCGAUGGGAACAAUGACGAAGCCAAAGAUACGGUCAUGAACUUGCUAUAUGAUGAGCUGAGAACUUGGAUGGCGGGUUGCUCAUUCCAGAUUGGCCCUAUUCUUGUUGUUGAAGAACCAUUUACGAUUGAUAAUGGUUUGAUGACACCGACCAUGAAGAUAAGAAGGGACAGAGUGGCAGCCAAAUAUCAGAGUGAAAUUGAAGCCUUGUACGAGUGA